CAGUAUAAGUCACAGGCUGCGCUGUUCCCUCUGAUACACAUACACACACACUCGUACGAGCGCAAAUCCUCUUACACCUCGCUAGUGCCCGGAGCAGAUUAUAGCCUGCACAUUUCAAAUCGUAUUCCAAAUGUGCCACUUUCCCCUGGGUCUCCUCCCUCCUCUUCCUCCUCCUCCUCCUCCUCUUCAUCAUUUACCUCCACGGGACUUCUUCUCUGCACCUGCUUCUACUGCUGCUGCUUCUUCUUCUUCUUCUUCUUCUUCUUCAUCCUCCACUCUGUCUUCAACCUCUGGCAGCUGGCCUGCUCGCCUCUGCAGCUGAGAUGACCAGGCAGCCUCUCUAAGGGAGAGAGAGUGAGACAGGAGGAGACAGAAAAGGGAGAACGGGAGAAGGAGGAAAAUAAAAAAGGAAGGGAGUAAUUUAGACCUGAGAGCUACUCCGAAGAAAGAAGGGAAGAAGUCAGCACGGUCAGGCUCGGAGAGGAGGAGGAGGUGGAGGAAGGGAAAGAGGAGGAGAGAGCUCCAGUCCAGAAGGAGAAGGGAAGAGAAAAGAGAGAAAGAGAGCUGACUGUGUAUUGACCAUGAAGGCUCUGCUGCUGCUGGUUCUACCCUGGCUCAGCCCAGCCAACUACACUGACAAUGUGGGCAACCUGCACAUCCUCUACUCUGAGCUGUGUAAAGGUGCGUCUCACUAUGGCCUGUCUGCAGACAGGAAGCGGCGUUCCCAGGAGGGUGACUGCACUGACAGCACGUCAGAACUCACCGUUGCCACCCUGCCCGGCGAUGGCCCCACCUCUGCUGCCGUCGCCCUCCUAUCAGACGAUCCCGGCCUCGUCAACCCUGCCUUUGACCCCAGUAUGGAGGACAACAGCCAAUCAGGCAGCACCACCAGCCUGGCAGCCCGCAGCAGUACCAAAAAGAGUGAUUGUGAGUUCCGAAACUAUGACCGCACCUCGGUCAGGAGCCGCUCCUUCAGGCGGUUGAACCGUGCAUUCAGUGUCCUGCGGAGGACCAAGAGCGGCACAUCCGUGUCGAAUGAGAGCGCAGAGGAACGAGACAAUGCCAGGAACACCAGUGCGCCCCAGGAAGUGCUGGCUCUACCCCAGCUCCAUCACCUGAUCCCUGAUGGUGAGGUCACCAGUAUUAAGAUCAACCAUGAGCCCUCGGAACCCCUGGCCAUCAGCAUCGUGGGGGGCAACGAGACCCCCCUGGUGCGUAUCCUCAUCCAGGACAUCUACAGGGAGGGGGUAAUCGCCCGGGACGGACGCCUGCUGCCCGGAGACAUAAUACUCAAGGUGAAUGGCAUAGACAUCAGCAAUGUGCCCCACUGCUACGCCCUGGCCACCCUCAAACAGCCUUGCCAGCUGCUGCGACUCACAGUGCUGAGAGAGCAGCGCCACCGUUACCGCUCACACUCCGGGCACCACGAGCACCCCCACGACGCAGCCGGGGGCUAUCCGCCUCAUGGCCUCCCCCAUAGCCAACCCUUGAGGGACGACAGCAUCCACGUGGUCCUGGCUAAGAGCACCCCAGAGGAGCAGCUGGGCAUCAAGCUGGUGAGACGACCAGAGGAACAUGGAGUCUUUAUCUUCCACCUGCUGGAGGGCGGCCUGGCGGCACACGACGGGCAGCUCAGCGUCAACGACCGUGUCCUCGCCAUCAAUGGACACGACCUACGCUACGGAGCACCAGAACACGCCGCUUUACUCAUCCAGGCGAGUGAGGAGCAGGUACACUUCAUAGUGUCUCGUCAGAUCUGUUUACCCACGCCUGACAUUCUGCAGGAGGCUCCAUGGGGCAUGGACGGCCCCCCUCCAUACUCCCCAGUGGACAUGGAGCAUACGCUACUGGACUCAUGUGAGAAGCCGGCAUGUUAUGAGAAGACGGUGACGCUGGCCAAGGAGCCCCAUGACUCCCUGGGGAUGACAGUGGCAGGGGGCAUGUCCUCCCGCGGCUGGGACCUCCCUGUCUACGUCACUAACGUCGACCCCAACGGAGUGGUGGGACAGGAGGGAUCCAUCCGCAAAGGUGACAUCCUGCUGAACGUUAACGGACUGGACCUGACGGGGGUGACGCGGGGCGAGGCUGUGGCCAACCUGAAGAACACCACCUCCCCCGUGGUGCUCAAGGUCCUCGAGAUGAGGCCUCCGGAGGAGAGCCAGCCAGAGUUCCCCUCGCCACCCUCGCCCACCGACAGCACCAAGCAAAACCUUGCAAAGCUGCCACACACCGAUGACUACUCCCCACUGUGGGUGUCAUGGUUGCAGCUGCCCAGGCACCUGUACUGCUGCAAAGACAUUGUGCUGCGCCGGAGCACCUCAGGCAGCCUGGGCUUCAGCAUCGUGGGGGGGCAGGAGGAAGUCAACUGCAAUCAGUCCUUCUUCAUCCGUUCCAUCGUGGAGGGCACACCAGCCUACAACGACGGCAGGAUACGAUGUGGGGACACUCUGCUGGAGGUGAAUGGCAAGAGUACGUGGGGGAUGACCCACACAGCCCUGGUGCGUCUGCUGAAGGAGCUGCGGGGCAGAAUCACCCUGACCAUCGUGUCCUGGCCCGGAAGCCUGCUGUAGCCCCGCUGCAGCCACAGGGAGGGGCCAACACUGACCCAGAAAUGUGGGCGGAGCUUUUAACUGGAUUACAACGCUGAGCCCUACCGUAUGGAAUGGGCUUUCACUAGUGAUGUAGCUAUGGAAGGCGGACCUUAAGAACCCUGACACCUGAUGGACAGCUGAGACUUUGUCAGGAGUUCAGAGGAGGCCAACCAUCCAUGUGACUGGAAUUUGACCAAACCCCCCAGAGACACUGAGCUGGGAGGAGCUGGAUCUGUGGCCCUACCCCUGGGAUGUUCGGAGCAAUCUGAUUGGAGGAGAGGCUUGUUCGAUGACAAGGCAUCCCAUGAGGGGGGUGGGUGGUUGCGAGGGGACACAAGUUGCCAAUUCCAUUGGUUCUAUGUUAGAGUAUGCAUUUAAUUCGACUCACAUUUCUUUAUUGUAAAUGUUGGCUAUCUAAAAAAAAUACUGAUUCAAGCAAUUGUACUAUGUUUCUAUUUCUUUCAAUGUUUGUUUGAUGGCCUUUCAAUAUAGGCUUUAUUACGUUUGUACUAACAGUGGUUAUCAUCUUCAUCUGUUGGACUGAAGACACAUUGCCAAGUAGCCGUUUGUGUUGAGAUGUUUUCAGAAGCUAAUACUAAAUUAUCAAAACACGGGCAAAAGUAUAGUAAAAAAAACGAAGUAAAAAUGUGUUCAUAAUCUGUUAAAAGUAAUAUUAAGGUGACAUCGUGGAGGCCUUACUGAUUUUCCUACUUUUGAAAAAAAAAAAACCUGACUUGGUUUCUGUGUGUUUCCGUGGAUGUGUCUGGUCUAGGGCCAUUUAACGCGGUUCUGUCACAUGCUUCGGCCUGCGUAGUAUAUCUGAUGGUACCUUUGGCAAAAUAAUCAAUAAAGUCAUUGGAAAAGGA